AUGGAGGGAGUUUGGGAUGACGGAGAACCCGUUGUCACUCAGAUUACACCAACUGAUGGCAGUGUGAACGGAGCGACGAGAAUCACAAUCAGAGGACAAGGCUUUGCAGAAGCCAAUCAGUUCAACUAUGGCGAUGGAAAUGACAAUCUGGGGAACAGUGUCCAGCUCGUUUCGUCAACCCUUUCAAUCCCGUGUGAUGUAGAGAAAGAUGCCAGUCACGCCACACAGAUUACCUGCUACACCAGACCCAUGCCGGAAGAUUAUUACCUGGUGAAAGUGACCGUAGACGGCAUUCCUUCGAUCACCCCCAACUGUUAUGGAUACUACAAUUACUGGUGGUGUAUGUUCCAUCCACGAAUGUACUACACCCCACAGAUUAAGAGUAUCGCCCCAGUGUCUGGAACUCCAGGUUCUAUGAUCACAAUCACAGGCACAAUCUUUACUGACGUCUAUGGCAGUAAUACUGCCUUAAGUUCUAAUGGAAGAAAUGUCAGAGUUCUCAGGGUUUACGCUGGAGGAAUGCCGUGUGAACUGCUGAUUCCUAACUCUGAUACGUUGUACGGGUUACAGCUGAACAACGCAUACAGCGAUUAUGGUUUCAUGGUUUGCCGUAAUACAGGGACAUACGUCGGACAUCACAAUAUCAGUUUCAUCCUGGACAGUAAUUUUGGAAGGAGUUUACCAGACUUGGCCACAUAUUUUGUGUCUUCCUUGAAUAAGCUGGCCAUGUACCAGACGUAUGCAGAGAUUACAGGGAUUUACCCAUCUGCUGGAAGUAUAGAAGGAGGUGCAAUAAUCACAAUAUCUGGACACUUCUUUGAUGAAACAGAUUCUCCUGCCAGAGUCCUUAUAGGGGGUCAGGAAUGUCAAAUUCUUGGAUUAACAGAUACGACAAUAACUUGUAAGAGCCCGUCAAAGCCGCCUGUUCUGCCUUCUCUGUUCCCAGGAAGCCGAGGACUGAAGGUGGAUCGGUGGAAUGUCAGUAUUUCACUGAAUAAUGCUCUAAAAUUGAAUGAAAGCUCCACGGGCUAUGCUGGUUCUUCUUGGUUCGAUGGUGCAUCCAAAUCUUGGCCUCUGGAGAACAGUAACUUUAUCGCUCGGUUCACUGGUUUCUUUGUGCCGCCAGAAACAGAUUACUACACAUUUUAUAUCAAAGGAGAUGAUAAUUAUGCUUUGUAUUUCAAUGAAUCUGGUGACCCUGCAGGAAAGGUGAAGAUUGCCUAUGGAUACUCCACAACUUCUUACUUCUCCUACACACAUCAGAAGUCGCAGACUUUUUACCUCCAGAAGGGCAAGCCGUGUUACUUUGAAGCAUAUAUCCAAAACUACUAUGGAUCCUCUGUACUAGAUGUUGGCGUACACACACGGACGAGUUCAUACACUGAGCAGCAGACCCCUGAAGCUGUACAAGAAGUACAGGCCAUACAGUCAUGGAGUACCACCAUUCUAGAAAACCAGGUUAUAACUCUACGGAACUGGAACACAACCCAGCAAGCAGUGUAUGAGGUUCAGACAAUCACUGUCACCAAAUACUGCAUCUCCCCAUGUCCCGCCAUGUACUACACACUUAUCUAUGCCAAGGAAGAAACAGAUCCGCUAUCAGCCGACGCUACUGCUCCUGAAAUCCAAGCAGCAUUGAGCAGAUUUUGGUCUAUACAGCCAGACACAGUCGAUGUUCAGCAACUAAAUUCUUCCGAAGAAGCAAAUGUCUAUACAGUGACAUUCCAUUCACAAAGAGGUGAUUUCCAGCUUCUCUCCUACAAUAUUCUGGGUGAAAGCAACAUUACAGUGGAUAUUGAAGAGACGACUAAAGGUGUUCCUGACAUGGCGACCUUCACUUUAGUGUGGGAUAAUGUGUACUCUACACCUCUGGCAGCAAACGCAUCUUCACUAGAGGUGAAAGAGGCCGUACAACAAAUGCUUACCGCUCAGUGUCCGGAUGCGAUAGCGAAUCGGAAAGAAAGUUCAUCCGUCAAAUAUUUCAGGAAUUAUGAACCGGAUGUAGCGUUGGGUUCCUACUGGGGCACCAUAACAGCCGAGACUGAACCAUUUUGUGGGCGAUUUUCCUUGAAGAAUCCACAAACACUGUAUUAUUAUUCUGGAUAUAAUCCACUGACCGGGUCAAUAUAUGAUGUGAUCUCACUAACUUUAUAUAGGAAGCUUUGCUUUGCCUAUAAAGGAUAUCUUACAAAUGCAAUUUACCUAUAUUUUCAAUAUGAAGAUAUCAGCAGUCCAGGAUCCGUCAGAGACGUAUCUGAUGGUUUCAGCUACAGCUUUGCUCAGGAGACCAGCUGGACUUACACCUGUAUAGAUAUGUUGGAUCUUGUUAAAACCAAAUACAACGGCAAAAAUUUCAAAGUGUACCGAAUCUACCUGCCGUCAGGUCAAGAUUAUUAUAUAGACGUCCUAUACAUUGGGCAGACCCUGCCUACAAAUGACUUGAACAGUAAGUCGCUCUAGAAGAGACCGGCAAUAUCAGAGAAUGGAGUCUUUAUAAGCGACGUCAGUGUGACCGAAAGAGAUGGCGCCGCUCAGAGACAGUAUAGCAUUGCUGUAACCACAUAUAAUUGUGGAUACAAUAUUCCACUUUUCGCUGCUGGAUUUGCAGAGAAUAUUCUCAGCAGCCCAGCAGAUUCAGCCAUCUAUACAACACCAUCCUGGCCACAAGGCACAUUGAUCCAGAUAAAUCGGACCCAGGCUGCAUCCCCUCCCAUCGGGGGAACAUUCAGUAUACAAGCUUAUGGACAGGAAAUACGUGAUCUCCGUGUAGACAUCUCCAGCAUCGAUCUGAAAUAUGCAUUAGAGACCAUUCCAGAACUAGGCCAGGUGUCCAUAUCAACAUAUGGAAACUGCAGAGGAUACACAUGGCAAAUAAAGUUCUUAACGGCUACCGGAUACCAGCCGCUCUUACAGGUCAAUGAUUCCAAGGUGACCGGUGUAGCUGCUCAAGUAUCCGCAGUAAAAGUAAUUAGCGGAGGCCUGUUUCGUCAGCACCUGCUUGGGGAUUUAGUGAGAACACCAAACACAAAGCCACAGGUGGAAGUCUACAUAAAUGGAAUCCCUUCAAAGUGUUCUGGAAACUGUGACUACACCUGGGACGUAAAACAAACACCACUUAUCUAUUCUAUUAAUACAGCCGUCAAUGGAGAAGAUGCGGUAUUAAUAAUAAAUGGGACUGGAUUUGCUAACAGCACCGCCAAUGACACAACCUAUGUGACAAUUGGAAAUCUUACUUGCACCAUUCUUACCCUCAGAGAUAAUGAGAUCCGUUGUCAGGCUCCGAAAGCAAGCGCUGGAACAUUCCCGAUCACUGUGUCCAUCGCAGAACGUGGAUUUGCAGUCUCGUAUGGAGGAAACAUGACUUUUACUUAUGAUAUCAUUGUCUCUUCAGUAACACCGUCCUCAGGAAGCCCUGCAGGAGGCACAUUAUUAACAAUUCAUGGCUCUGGAUUUAGUGGGAACUCUGUGGUAGAAUUGGAUGGCAAUGGAUGUGCCGUGGUCUUUGCCAAUCUGAGUUUGAUUAAAUGCCGUACCUCUGAGGGGCUAGAAGGCAACGCUGAUCUUAUUGUUUUCACAAAUGGACUUAAUGCCACCUUACCAAAUGCCUUCAAUUUUACCUCUUUCUUGGCACCAACCAUCACUGGAAUUGAACCAACAACCAGUAGUGUUUUGGGAAAUACAACUCUCACCAUUUCAGGUUUUAACUUCCUAAAUCAGUCCGAAGACAGCGCUGUUUUUCUUGCAAAUGAAACGUGCGAAAUUCUGGAGUGGACACCAACCAAUAUAAGAUGUCUUCUACCUGCACUUCCACCCGGAACAUACAACAUCAUGGUGCAAGUCGGAAAUGAUGGAUUUGCAAUAACCAGCAUGAAUGAUGGAGCGUCCGUUGCAUAUAUUUUGGAAGUGAACAGCCUCUCCCCACAAUAUGGAUCUCUGUACGGCGGUACUCGAAUCACACUGACGGGAUCCGGCUUCAGUCCUGUCCCAAAUGACAACCAAGUACAAAUAGGGAAUCUCCCGUGUAAAGUCUCUGCCAGUUCGGCCAAGGAGCUGACCUGUGUGAUCCAGAGACCCGGCGCGGUAUAUACGGUGACAAAUGGUGGAAAACAUUCAGUGUACGGCACCGGCUACGCCUGGUCUCCAUCUAGACUGGUGAUAUCUACAGGGGACGCCGUCAUUUGGCAGUGGAACGCUCAGCCUUUAAUCACGGGUAUUGGAUACAGAGUAUUUUCGGUGUCGGAUCCGGCCAACCUUACCUAUGAUGGAAUUUCCUUCAACAGCGGGGCUCGUGCGCCCUCAGGUGUAUUUUCCUAUAAUUUCACAUCGCCGGGGACUUACUACUACAGCAGCGGCUAUGUCAAUGACGGAAAUACCAUAAUUAUGCAAGGAGUCGUAAUUGUAAUGCCAGUUGUUGAGCAGAUCAGCCCAGUGCGUGUGUCUGUUGGAGGAAAGGAGGCCACCAUUGCUUCUGCUCCACUUCCAACCACACCGCCAGGUGUCUGCGUCACCCCAGAUCCGGAGUGCCCAGAGUUGGCCCUAUUACCUGUCAGCAAUACGUCUGUAUGGUUUGGAUUCUCAGACUGUUAUUCUCCUGCUAUUACCAGCAUUACACCAAACUUUGGAACAAUCCAUGAUGCUAUAACCAUCACAGGAACCGGGUUCAGUAACCUUACUUGUGCCAACCAGGUUUCAGUCGGUAAUUAUCCUUGUGUCGUGUCUUCUUCUAGCAAGACUUCAGUUACAUGUAAAGUGGAUCCCCAGAACUCCAUGGAUAUUGGGGUUGCAGAAAUGGUGUCACUUACAGUAAACAACUAUGGUUAUGCCAUCAACUCUUUAAGAACUGAGAUGAGCAGGCGAUUCGCCCUCAUACCCCACAUUGACUCCAUCUCGCCAAUCAACGGGUCUGAUACAGGAUCCACCAGAAUUACCAUACACGGGUCCAGCUUCUUGACCAGCAAUGGCAGCCUUCAGGUGACGGGAUUAGGCUGUAACAUUGUGUCUCUAACUUACACAGAUAUUGUAUGUGACACUCUGCCUAGUUAUUCGCACCGUGUAGACGUUGCGAUAAAGGUGAGGGGAAUCAGUGCCCAGUGCAAAGGAUCCUGCAGCUUUACCUAUUCAAGUGCACUUACACCACAAGUAUCCAGUGUUGACCCAACUAUAGUGCGAAAUGCUACCACAAUCCACAUCAAUGGCCUUGGCUUUGGGGAGGUCGCUGAUGAUGUCACCGUUUAUGUCGGUGCCAUGGAAUUAAAUGUGGUCGAUGUCAAUGACACAGACAUAACGUGCAACAUAGACCCCAUUCCUGCUGGACACUAUCCUGUCAUAGUCAUUGUACUCAGUAAAGGCUUGGCUCAAGGGUCUUUCACCAUGAACAGUCCUGCCGAAGCCACGCUCUUGACACCUUCCGGAAGUGUUUUAGGCGGAACUCUUCUACUCAUACAAGGGAAUGGAUUUCAUCCUACCAACACUACUGUGCAAGUCGAUGGUGCACCAUGUCCAGUCACUGCAGUUGCUCCUUAUAGUCUCCAGUGCAUGACUCCACCCAGGACCACUGCUACAACCACUUCCGUGAUCAUCCGUGUACCAUCUGCCUCUUACCCACCACUCAGCUUCUCCUACUCAGAGGCCGAUACUCCAACGGUAACAUCAGUUCUUCCAAAUACAGGACCUUCUGGAACCAUUGUCACAGUGUCUGGGUCUGGUUUUGGUUUGGAUGCCUCAGAAAUGAAAUUGACCAUUGGCAAUGCCACCUGCUCCAUCACAGGAGCGUCUGAUAGCCAGCUGAACUGCACCGUAGGAGAUCACUGGGGCGGCACAUUCCCCGUCUCAUUUCAGAAUCAGAAGGGGUUUGCAAGAUCCAGUGCAAGAUUCACCUAUGAACUUAGUAUGACCGGUGUCUCUCCAAGUGAAGGUGGUUUUGGUGGUGGGUUAAUCCUCACAAUCACUGGCUCCGGAUUUGAUGAUCAAAUUUCCAAGGUCUUUAUGUGCGGCUCUAAAUGUGAGGUGGACCAAACGCGAUCAGAUGCAGGUUUUCUGUAUUGCGCAGUGCCCAUAAGGAACGAUACUAAUACCUCCUCCUUCAGCUGCAAUGUCAGUGUGGUGAAUGGAAAUAACAAUGUGCAAAUCAAUAACUCCUUUACAUACUCAUCCGCAUUAACUGCUGCCAUAUAUGAUGUCAGCCCCAAGAGAGGAGGCACAGCUGGGGGAACCAGACUCACAAUCACUGGAUUCCAGUUCAGCACUAAUACCUCGGCUAUCACUGUCACCAUAGCACAGUCCGUGUGUGUCGUCCAGUCGGCUAAUACCACGCAAAUUGUGUGUAUAACCAGUGCCCACUCUCCUUCACAAAGAGCCAAAGUCACAGUAUAUAUCGAAGGCCAAGGCAUUGCAACGAUGGACAAUGCAGACUUUUUCUACAUCGAUGUCUGGUCUUCUAAAUACACCUGGGGAGGAGAGUCUCCACCCGAUGAGGGGUCCAUGGCGGUCAUCACAAAAGGGCAAAUCAUACUACUGGAUGAGAGUACUCCAGUACUAAAGAUGUUGCUGAUCCAAGGAGGAACUCUGAUUUUUGAUGAAGCAGAUAUAGAGCUGCAGUCUGAGAACAUCCUCAUUACAGAUGGCGGUGCUCUUCAGAUUGGAACCGAGGCAGCUCCAUUCCAGCACAAAGCAAUAAUCACCUUGCAUGGCCACUUACGUUCUCCAGAGUUGCCAGUAUAUGGAGCUAAGACGUUGGCUGUGAGGCAGGGGACCCUGGACCUUCAUGGUAUCCCCAUUCCUGUUACAUGGACUAGGCUUGCUCAGACAGUGGAAUCGGGAAACUCUACUAUAAUUCUACAGAAAAGUGUGACUUGGAAAGCGGGAGAUGAAAUAGUGAUCGCAUCCACAGGUCACAGACUCAGCCAAAGUCAGAAUGAAAAGCGGACUAUUCAGUCUGUAUCUGGAGAUGGCACAGUCCUGACCCUAACACAGCCAUUACUCUACAAACACCUGGGAAUUUCGGUCACUCUACCUGACGGUACUGUUUUUGAGGCCAGAGCAGAAGUAGGUCUCCUCACUAGAAACAUCGUUGUCAGGGGGUCAACCAAUGUGGAAUGGAGCGACAGCACAGCGGCCUGUCCGGAUGGAUUUGAUACUGGUGAAUUUGCCACACAGACGUGUUUCCAGGGAAGAUUUGGAGAGGAAAUAGGGAGUGAUCAAUUUGGAGGAUGUAUAAUGUUCCAUGCUCCAAAACCUAAUCAACUUCUGUCCAUUGGAAGAAUAGAAUAUGUGGAAGUUUUCCAUGCAGGGCAGGCUUUCAGGUUAGGCCGGUAUCCAAUACACUGGCAUUUAAUGGGUGAUGUCCAGUAUAAAUCGUAUGUGCGUGGUUGUGGAAUUCAUCAGACCUACAACAGAGCAGUGACCAUCCACAAUACCCACCACCUACUUGUGGAAAAUAAUGUAAUCUACGAUAUCAUGGGAGGAGCGUUCUUCAUUGAAGAUGGCAUUGAGCACGGAAACAUACUUCAGUACAACUUGGCUGUGUUUGUUAAGCAAAGUACCAGCUUGCUCAAUGAUGAUGUUACCCCAGCAGCAUUUUGGGUUACCAAUCCAAAUAACACAAUCAGACACAAUGCCGCUGCUGGUGGCACCCACUUUGGCUUCUGGUACAGGAUGCACAAUAACCCAGAUGGAUCUUCCUAUGAUUCUAACAUUUGCCAGAAAUUGGUGCCACUUGGAGAAUUCUACAAUAACACAGUUCACUCUCAGGGAUGGUUUGGCAUAUGGAUUUUUGAGAAUUACUUCCCAGUGGUAGGUGGAAGUUGCUAUUCUUCUACACCAUUCCCGGCUAUAUUCAAGUCUUUGACCACUUGGAAUUGUCAGAAAGGAGCAGAAUGGGUCAAUGGCGGUGCUCUCCAGUUCCACAACUUCACCAUGGUCAAUAAUGAGGACUCUGGCAUAGAAACUAAGAGAAUCAUUUUAAAUUAUGUUGGUGGAUGGGGAGAGGCCAGCGGAGCUGUCCUAAAAAAUGCUAUAAUCGUGGGACAUCUGGAUGAGCUAGGACUUGGUCCUAAUUACUGCACUGCUAGAGGCAUCACCCUCCCAUUUGAUGAAGGACUUACUGUUUCGUCUGUAAAGUUCAUCAACUUUGACCGAUCAAACUGUGCAGCCAUCGCCGUCACAUCUAUUACUGGACUCUGCUCAGACAGAUGUGGAGGCUGGAGUGCAAAGUUUAAUGGAAUACAAUACUUCAAUUCACCCAAAAAGGCAGGAUUUAGAUGGGAGCAUGAAGUUGUUCUAAUUGAUACCGAUGGGACAUUGACAGGAAAGACAGGAGCAAAGGUGGUGCCAGGAAGUGGGCUCCUCGAUCCGUCCCAGUGCAGCCAAAGCAGUGAUUGGAGUGCUGGCUUCCCUGGAUAUAUCUGUAAUGCCUCCACCAGCUUCCACAGACUGGCCUUCAACAACCCAUCCCCUACUUCUCUUCAAGGAAAGAAUGUCAUUAUUUCAAAUUCAUUUGGCUCCAGUGUUGUACCUUACCUGCAAAAACGCCUGACACACGCACCUGGAUGGAUGGCCUUGUUACCCAAUGCUAUUUCCUUCAACUGGUAUUUCAGCGGUGUGGAUUUCAUUACAAACAUCUCAUAUACAUCGACCUUCUACGGAUUCAAGAGUGAAGACUACGUGCUUAUAUCCCACAACUUUACUCAGAAGCCGGACAUGUUCACAAUAGUUGAUGUACGCAAUGGAUCCUCACAGCCAUUGAGCUGGGACAAUAAUACCAGUGGAGACUGGUACUUCAAUGAUAACACCACUACACUAACAUAUCUAGUGUCUGGAAAAAAGAAACUCCAGAGACGUGCCGUAGCCGGGAUCCUUGACACAACAAUGAAAAACACAGAUGUAAACCUGGUGGUCUACCAAUGCUAUUUCCAGAACUGUAUUCCACCCCCUCCCCCAACUGUACCCUCAAUCAUACCUAUAUUAUUCUAUGAUUUAUGGUCUAAUCGUUCCUUCUGGGAAUCAUCAGCAGAAAACAAUUAUACUGUCCCGAAGGAAGGAUCCAAUGUUGUAAUCCCACCAGGCAAGUAUAUUAUAGCUGAUGUAGAUAUCCCAUCCCUGCAUAAACUCACCAUUUAUGGUGUCUUGGAGCUGAGAAAUCUCACCGACAACUCAACAACCAGGACUUUACCCACCUUCAAGACAACUGUACUAAAUGCUACAUACAUUUCUAUCCAGGGUGGAAGAUUGAUAGGAGGAACUCAGGACAACCCAUUCCAAGGAGAAUUACAUAUUGUACUACGAGGAAACCAUUUAACUCCAGAGUUACCAUUGCCAAAUGGACCAAACCAAGGCUCAAAGGUUUUAGGAGUGUUCGGUCAGCUGGACCUACAUGGACUUCCUCGCUCUGUGUAUAGAACAAAGCUGGCACAAACCGUAUUAGCAGGAUCUCAAACCAUCACCGUCUCAGAGCCAGUAGACUGGAAGGUGGGAGAAGAUAUUCUGAUCACGACCACCAGUUAUAGUGCCUGGCAGACAGAAAUCAGGAAAAUCACUGAUGUUUCUUCUGACCAGAAGACCCUUACCUUAAAUGUGUCCCUCAGCUUUAAGCACUCUGCUAACACCUAUCAAGUACCAAACACGACCCUGAAUUACACUCUGGCUGCUGACGUUGCUUUACUUAGUAGAAAUGUUAAGAUCAUUGGUCAGGACUACCCUGGUUGGUACAGUGAAUCCUUUGGAGCCCGAGUUCUCGUCAGCACAUUUUCAGCCAACAAUAUGGAAUAUCGAGGUAAUGCAAGAAUUGAAAAUGUGGAAUUUUACCACAGUGGGCAGUAUGGUUAUGCAGAUCCCACAGACCCGCGGUACUCAUUGGCGUUCCUCAAUCUUGGAGAGGUAUUAUCCAAUGAGUCCUAUGUUAAGGGAUGUGCCUUCCAUGAUGGAUUUUCCCCAGCAAUCGGAGUGUUUUACACAAAUGGACUCGACAUUGACGACAACGUUAUUCACUUCACUGUAGGAGAAGGAAUCAGAGUAUGGGGAGAACGUGUCAAUAUAAGGGGAAAUCUUGUUACCCUUGCUGUUUGGCCUGGUACAUACCAAGAUCUCGAGGAAGUAACCUAUAUCUUGUGGCAUGCUGGAAUAGAGAUCAGUGAAGGAGCCGACAUUGUACUGCAGGAUAAUGUGGUUGCUGGGUUUGAAAGAGCUGGAUAUCGCAUUGAUGGCGAAUAUUGCCAAAAUGUCGCCGAUCCCAGUAAGCGCUGGUCUAACAAUGAAGCCUAUGGCGGGUUAUAUGGCAUCUUUAUGAACCAAGACGGACUUCCUGACUGUUCACUUAUAAGAGGAUUUAAGUUAUGGAAAUGCUGGGAUUAUGGUAUCUACAUCCAGAUCACGUCCUCAGUGCAGAUCUCUGAAGUGUUUCUAGCAGAAAACGGAAUGGGUAUACUUCCUAUAAUAUACACACCGCCAUCAGUCACCCACCAGAUAUCAAACAAGACAGUCCAGAUCUCGAAAUCCUUGCUGGUGGGAUCCAGUCCAGACUUUGAUUGCACAGAUGUUCUGACAAACAGUGAUGCCAAUGUCAAGCUUUCUGCUCAGCACCGCAGUGCCAGACCACCCACUGGUGGCAGAAGUGGUAUCUGCUGGCCCACCUUUGCCUCUGGCCAUAACUUGGCACCUGGACACCCAAAUGCAGGGAUAAUGAGCUACAAUGCAAUCAGUGGUCUAAUGACUGUAACAGACACAACAUUUGUGUCAUACAGAUCUGUAUGUUCUGGAGAAUCCAAUGUCAUGUUCAUGACAAACCCAGAAAAUGAAGAUUUGCAGCACCCUGUCGAAGUUUCCAGGAUAACAGCUGUGAACAGUUCAGAGGAUCAGAAAAUCUUCAUCCAUCGACCAGACGUGUCAAAAGCUAACCCAUCUGACUGCGUAGAUAUGACCUGUGAUGCUAAGAGGAAGACCUUGUUAAAAGAUCUUGAUGGUUCUUUUCUGGGAAAGAUUGGGGCAGUUGUCCCGCAAUCAGAAUACCAGUGGAAUGGAGACACCAGGUAUGGUCUUGGAGACUACAGGAUUCCAAAAGUCAUGCUGACUUACCCGAAUGGAAGUCGGAUCCCUGUGUCACAGGUGGCCCCAAACAAAGGGAUUAUCAGAGAUAACACGUGUGUGAACAUGUCUGCCUGGGGGGCCUACAAAUGCAGUGGCCUGAACUACGAGAUGCUCGUCAUUGAGAGCCUCGAUGCUGACACUGAGACUAGGCGCCUCUCGCCUGUGGCUGUGCUGGAGGAUGGCUAUGUGGACCUCAUCAAUGGGCCCCAAGACCAUGGCUGGUGUUCUGGAUACACCUGUCAGAAGAGGGUCUCCUUGUUUCACACUAUAGUGUCUACAAACAAGGUUUUUGAUGUGUAUUUUAGCAGUACGAGCCCCCAGAAUCUCCGACUGAAACUACUCAACAUAGACAACACAAAGGCUGUCCUUGUGGGAAUCUACUUCUCGAAUCCUCAGCGACUGGAUGUCUAUGUUAAUUCUGUCUAUAUAAAUCCUACAAAUAUACAAUGGAAGGGCUCAGACUAUACACUGCAAGAACCUACUUAUAAGGGACAAUACAUGCCUCAGCUCAACUCCACGGUUUUGGGAGAAAACUUCCUCAACAGAGACUAUAACAUGCUGUACGUUCUGGUCAGAGGGUCCUCUCCAGUGGAAAUCCACACAUCUCCUCUGAUUGUUGUAGCAUUUAAUCUUCCGGCAAUGACCGUGGAUCAGUUCUACGGUGCCAAUCUUGUCCAGAACCUUGCACUUUUCUUGAAGAUCCCAGCGAGCAAAAUACGUAUUACAAAGAUAGUUGCGGAGGGCUCUAGACGCAGAAAGAGAGCCACAGGAGGACUGUCGGUAUCCGUAGAAAUUUCCGAUCCACCGUCCCCACAAAUGAACUCUUCUACGAACUCAACAGAUGGACUGAUGUACACAGACUUCCAGACAAUGAGUAAAGACCUGGCAUCUUCUGCGAUUAAUGGAAGUCUCAGCUCGCAGCUGAACGUCACUGUGUCAUCAAUGUCCAUUUCUAAUCCAGUUCCACCCCCUAGUGAUCCUGCCUGGAGUCAGGUCGCAGCUGAUCUUGCUAACAACACUCAGUCAUCUACUGGAAACUUUUUGGCCACUGUAUCUGAACUCAUAGUCGUCCAAGAACCUGUGGCUGGACUUCCUGGAGAAAGGCUUUCCCAGCAGCCAUCUGUAAUGGCUGUAGAUUCCAACGGGAACUGUGUCUCUGUAAGUACAAGUUCAUUGACACUGACAGCAACCCUGAAAUACUCUAACAACACCAUCGUUAGCAAUGGAUUGGAUGGAAAUGUGACCAUCUUAUUUGACACCUGCUGGGCUAACUACACCGACCUUGUUCUCAUAGUGCCAGGAAAAGGAUACCAACUUGAAUUUGUGCUAAAUAAUGUCUAUGCCCAGACAAGAUCGUUUGAUGCCAAAUCUGUAACAACAACCACCACCACAACCACCACACCCACCACCACCACCACCACCACCACCACCUCCACCACCUCCACCACCGUCCCUUCAACUACUCAUUCCAAUGGAAAU